GCGGCGGCGGCGGCGGGAGGGUCGCCCGGCGGGGGUGGACGACGAGGCCGCACCGCGCAGCGCUUCAGCCCGGCCGCCCCUCCUCCCCGCCCGCUCCUCGUCGGCGCUGGAGCCGGCUCCCACGCGGAACAAGAACGCCCAAGGUGAAGGAUAACAGCCUCCCGGUACCAGCACUUUGAAUGAAAUUCUGUUCGUCCGCCACGGACUCGGCCCCAUCUUGUUUUUGGAGAGGACGGCCCCGCGGGGGGAGGGGUUCGAAACCCAAACGGAACCUCGUGGCACAGCAGCUAUGCAGCUUGAGAUCCAAGUAGCACUAAAUUUUAUUAUUUCCUAUUUAUACAACAAACUCCCCAGGCGACGAGUCAACAUUUUCGGCGAAGAGCUCGAGCGGCUCCUCAAGAAGAAGUAUGAAGGGCACUGGUACCCCGAGAAGCCAUACAAGGGGUCGGGGUUCAGGUGCAUCCACGUCGGGGAGAAGGUGGACCCGGUGAUCGAGCAGGCCUCGAAGGAGAGCGGCCUGGACAUCGACGACGUGCGGGGCAACCUGCCUCAGGACCUGAGCGUCUGGAUCGACCCGUUCGAGGUCUCCUACCAGAUCGGGGAGAAGGGCCCGGUGAAGGUGCUCUAUGUGGACGAUAACAACGAGAACGGGUGCGAGCUGGACAAGGAGAUCAAAAACAGCUUUAACCCGGAGGCCCAGGUCUUCAUGCCCAUCAGCGACCCGGCCUCCUCCGGGCCCAGCUCCCCGUCUCCUCCCUUCGGCCACUCAGCCGCCGUCAGCCCCACCUUCAUGCCCCGCGCCGCCCAGCCUUUAACCUUCACGACGGCCACCUUCGCCGCCACCAAGUUCGGCUCGACCAAAAUGAAGAACAGCGGCCGCGGCGGCAAGGUGGCCCGCACCUCUCCCACCAACCUCGGCCUGCACGUGAAUGACCUCUUGAAGCAGAAAGCCAUUUCUUCCUCGAUGCACUCUCUCUACGGGCUCGGCCUGGGGGGCCAGCCGCCGCCCCCUCCCCCUCCGUCGUCGUCCUCGUCGCCGCCGCUGCAGCCGCCGCAGCAGCAGAAGACCUCCGCUCUUUCCCCGAACGCCAAGGAGUUUGUUUUCCCGAACGUGCAGGGUCAAGGUAGCGCCGGUGGAAUGUUCCCCGGCGACGGCCCCCUCAGCCUCAGCCCGCUGCUCCAGUACAGCAAUGCCUUUGAUAUGUUUGCGGCCUACGGAGGCCUCAACGAGAAGUCUUUUGUGGAUGGCUUGAAUUUUAGUUUAAAUAACAUGCAGUAUUCUAACCAGCAAUUCCAGCCCGUCAUGGCUAACUAAUAAAAAACAAAACAAAAGAAAAACCCCAAAACCAACCGACAGAGCAAAACGCAAAGCCCACAUCUGCACGAAAACAGCAACAAAAAAAAGCGGUCCUACGAGUUGAAUCGCCUGUGCCCAGGGUGGGUAUUUCUCUUCCCGCUUGAGAUUUUUUUUUUUUCCCUUCCCCACCCCCCCCCCCCUUUUUUUUUUUUUUGGUCUUAAAAAACAACAAAACUCAGCUUGUAGUUUGGAUCCAUCCAGGCUUGGUUCGUAAACACGACGUGCAUCACUUUUCAUUUGCCAACCAAGCACAAAGUUAUUUUAUACUGACUGUACAUUUUAAGAUAUACUCUCGAAUACGGCCUCUUACAGUAUUUAAGAUAUAGCAAGGACGUGGCUGAUUUUUUUUUUAUAAAAAAUUGGCACUAAUAAGUGGGGUUUAUUGGUCUUUUCUAAUUGUAUAAUUUAAUUUAGUACAAAGUUUGUAAAAUAUCAGAGUAUAUAUAUUGUUUCUACGACAUGGUAUUGCAUUUAUAUCUUUUUACUACAGUGAUCUGUGACAGCUGCAGCAGCUUCAUGUUGUAUUUUUUUUUACUGAAAUUGUAAAAUAUCCAUCUUAAAGACAUCAACUAUUCUAAAAAAAAAAAAAUUGUGUACAGAAUAUUCCUGAGUGUUGGAAUGAAAAUGUACGAAUAUUUGCUUUUUCAAAAAAAAAAACCACAAAAUUGUAUUUUCUGUUAAAAAGGUUAAAGAUUUUUGCUAUAUAUUAUGGAAGAAAAUGUAAUCGUAAAUAUUAAUUUUGUACCUACAUUGUGCAAUACUUGAAAAAAAACGGUAUAAAAGUAUUUUGAGUCAGUGUCUUACAUGUUAAGAGGGACUGAAAUAGUUUAUAUUAAGUUUGUAUUAAAAUUCUUUAAAAUGAACUUG